AUGCCAGGCUGCGACGAGCAAAUUGCAAUUCCACGGAGUCCCCGGGGAAUCGCCUUCACCGCUUACCGUGGUCAGGUCAGCGUUCAACUAUGCUUGUGGCCCCGGCGCGCCUCCAUCCCGGGGGUGCGACGGGACCAGACGCCCGCCCAAAGCAGGCGCAGACGGGAUGCCGUUGCUGAUGACGGACGAGUCUCACUUCGGCUGCUGGCCAAGGCCGAGAAUCACCUGCAUGCUCUCAGAUGUCGCCACACUCACACGAAUGGCUCUGGACUCGAGGAUGAUAACGCCUUGAUUGGAGCAGUGCGUGCGGCGUCCAGGUGCGGCUAUUGCCUGGAGGGACACCACACGAGUCAGUCAGUCAAGCCAACGUCGGCGAACUUUUCGGGGGGAACAGGCCCGAAAGCACCAAGCAUACCUCGUUCAAGCGGGCCUGGAGCAGUUCGAGCGAAUGACCCAAGCUACUAG